AUGGGUUUCAAUCGCGUCGUGCCCCUGUUCACGGGCAUACUGGCGCGAUCACAGUGCUUGGACCUCCGUGCCCCGAUCGCCCUGGCCUGGAUCCUCGAGCUCUCCCUGGAAAUGCGUGUCCUCGGAUGCCAAGCAGAUCCACUGGCUGCAGCGAUCCACGCCUGCCCGCGGUCCAUUGCCACCCAGAAGGUUCGAGCGAGCCUACGGAGCUGGCGAAGAUUCCACUUGCGCGAGUACACGAUUGACCUCUCACGGAUACCACCUUCAGCCAUGGGCGCGCGCAAGUGGGGGGCAAUUACCCGAAAGGAAGCAAAGGUGGCAGCUCGCGCGACCAGGACGGAGACCGCCGCCGUGAGCAUCGUGGCAGUCCAAGGCACUGCUGUCCUGAUCGUCGAGGAGAUCGCGAUGGCAGGGGCUGCCGUGAUGGCCGUGACGGGGAUCGUCGUGGGUUGCGUGGUAUCCAUGAGGUCCGUGAUUCUCGCGACUACCACGAGUGCCGCGACAUUCGUGCAGGCCGUUCCCGUGACUGCGACCGUGAUGACCUUGAACGAGAGCCUUCCCGUCGACCCCGAUAUCGAGGCCUUAAGAGAGGAGCUCGCGCGGAAGGACCCCGAGUACCGCUCGUGCGACAAGGAUAAACGGGAGCGCGAAGAGGAGAUGGCCUUGCGGAAGCAAAGAGAAAACUUAGCCCGAGCGAUGAAGUGGUGCUUCGGGCAUCAGCUUGAGAAGAUCAUCGACAGCAGCUCACGCACCAAGCAGACAAACGCACGGCAGCAAGAAGAUCGCGAGGUCUGCCUGGCCCCAGUGGCAGCACCUCCAGAGAGCACGGCGCUGCCCAAGAGGGCGGGGCCGGGGCGGCUGCAGUCCAGUGCGGGGCGCAAGGAGAAAGCGCGCGGUGCCUGCUGGCGCCCCGGAGCGCCGCAGCCGGCCGCUUGCGCGCUCGGUGCCCUGUGGCCACUCGGUGCUGCAGGGGCCGCGGGCGGUGCACUGUGGCUGGGCGCUCACAAAGUCUUCAAGAACGUGUUCGUGUACACGCCGAGCAUGUCAGGCGACGAGGUCUGCGCCGCGGCGAAGGAGGCCCAGGAGGGGAGGUUGGACGAGCUCCUGGACCGCGUGAGGGUUGAGGUGCUGCAGGACCGCGACACGACUUCGGGCACAUCUCGCCUAUCGCAGCACACGCUCAAGCAGAUAGCCCACUUCUUGUCAGAGCGUUUCACGACCGCCUGCAACAGCUGGGGCUACCUCAAGAUGGACCACCUCGCCUGCUUCCUUCCGGGCGUGCUCGCACUCGGCGCCAUGACUGGCGCCGCCGAGGACCCCGCGGCCGAGCUCGAGCUCGCGGCGGGGCUCGCGGAGUGCUGCGCGCACAUGUGGCUCGACACCCCCACUGGCCUUGCUGCCGAGGCCUCUGCGUUCAACGUGAUGGAGGGGCGCGACCACGACCUGGGCGUGAUGCACGACGCGCCGUACUCGAUGCUGCGGCCGGAGACGGUGGAGUCCCUCUGGUACAUGUACGUCGCCACCAACGACACCAAGUACCAGGACUGGGGCUGGCAGAUCUUCGAGGCCAUCGAGAAGUACGGACGCCUCGAGGGGGGCGGGUACUGCGGCAUCGAGGACGUGCGCGAGGCGGAGGAGCCGAGGAAGAGGGACCGCAUGGAGACUUUCCUCCUCAGCGAGACCUUCAAGUAUCUGUUCCUCCUCUUCGCUGACGAGCAGCCCUUCGACCUGGAGAAGGUUGUCCUUAACACCGAGGACGCGGUGCUCAGCCUCGGGAAGCUGGCGCGCAAGCAGUUCAGGCGCGCAGAGUUCAUGGGGCAAUGCUGCCGCCCAGCCGAGAUGCCGUCCAGCACCGACUGCCUGUCCACAUCAGUAGCUGUUGGCCAGGGCUGCGGGCAGAGCGACCCGGGGCUUCGCGCAUCCUCUGGCUGCGGCCGCAAGGCUCCCGCGCGCGACGCGCUCGCGGUCCCAGCGCGCUUGCUCGAGGACUUCAUGGUGGCGGGGCUCCAGCGCACAGACGUGAUGUUGCACACGGCAUGGCCUCCGAGGCUUCCAGAGCGCGGCGAGGGGCCGGGGGGCGACGUGGGCCAGGAUCGGUGCUGUGCAGGCCUCCUGGAGCGGUGCCCGGGCAGGCUGUCCAGCUCGGAGCGGGAGAUGCUGCGGGGCGCGUGGCCCCUGGAGCUCCUGGAGGAUCCGCGCCGCCAGCCCAGGGUCGCGCAGUCCGCCGCCGAGUUCCUGCGCGAGGUGCUGGUGGGCGAGCACAUUCGGGGUUCGUGGUGUUGCCGAACGGCGUGGAUCGCCUGGGCCUGCGCGAGGAGGCCUCGCUGCCCAGGGACCUCCAUGCGGCCCUGUCCGGGGUGCGCCGCACGGAGGAUUUCCUCAGGCGGCUGGCCGGGGAGGACGCCAUGCUAG